AUGGACACCACCAGGUAUAGCAAGUGGGGCGGCAGCUCGGAGGAGAUCCCUGGAGGGCACUGGGGACGCUGGGUGCACUGGAGCCGGAGACCCCUCUUCCUGGCCCUAGCUAUCCUGGUCGCCACAGACCUGUGGGCUGUGAUCCUGAGUAUCCUAUUGUCCAAGGCCUCCACGGAGCGCGCGAAGCUGCUCGGCUACCAGGACCUGCUGAGGACAAACGCCUCCAAGCAGACGGCGGCGCUGGGUGCCCUGAAGGAGGAGGUCGGAGUCUGCCGCAGCUGCUGCUCGCGGACGCAGACGCAGCUGCAGACCACGCGCGCGGAGCUUGGGGAGGCACAGGCAAAGCUGAUGGAGCAGGAGAGCGCCCUGCGGGAACUGCUUGAGCGCGUGACCCAGGGCUUGGCUGAAGCCGGCGGGGACCGCGAGGACGUCCGCCCUGGGCUGUUCCUGGCGCUGGAGGCCGUGAGGCUGCAGAACAGUUCCUGUGAGCCGUGUCCCACGUCGUGGCUGCCCUUCGGGAGCUCCUGCUACUACUUCUCUGUGCGGAAGACCACGUGGGCAGAGGUGCAAGGCCACUGCGCCGAUGCCAGCACACCUGUAGGGGGCCUGGAGGAGCAGGACUUCCUGAGUCAUCACACUAGCGCCCUUGAAUACUGGAUCGGCCGCAAGGCGGUGCAACAUCUGGCGGUGCAACAUCUGUGCAAGGUUCAGGGCUCUUCGUGGGUGGACGGAGUCCCACUCAGCUUCAGCCACUGGUUACAGGGGGAACACAGUGAAUGUUGGGGGUGCGAGGCCUGUGUCAUGAUUCUGGGCAUGGGGCUGUGGAUGGACCCACCAUGUGAUGAGAAGGCUGGCCGGAUCUGUGAGAAGAGGCAUGGUGCUGAACCCGCCCGGUGCUCCAGAGCCAUGCCCAGUGCCCAACGGGGUGCUAUGCACCAUCCCGGCUCCUGGAACCCACUGGCAAUGAUAUUCUUUUCCCCAUCCACCACUGCGAGAACCAAUCGGCCAGGCCCAGCCCUGUCCAGUGCCUGCACUCUGGGACCUCUGCUCUGACCUCAUGGAGACCUAACCUAACCUUCACUGGCUCCAAACUCUCCAUUUCUGGAUCCCAGUGGUCUGACCCCAUCUCUCCUCCUAGCCAAGGUCAGGCAACUGAGGAAUGGAGCUAUUUGGUUUUCCUGCACUUUCCUGCAAAGGGGAGAAUGGUACUUCCUCCAAAGCUCUCUUUGCAGCCUGGGGGAGCAUCAGUAAAGGUUUGAGAAGUGGAUCCAG